UCUUUUAACAUUGACAUGACCAGCAGAGACAGAGAAACCUGACAUUUAUUUUGCUAGUAAUGUCAAUAGUUAUUUCAUCAAUAGGAGAGAAAACAUGGCUAAAUAUAUCGCGCAAAUUAUAGUCCUGGGUGCCCAGGUAGUGGGAAGAGCUUUUGCAAGAGCGCUUAAACAAGAAAUAGCUGCUUCACAAGAGGCUGCUAAACGAGCUGGUGGUGGAGCUGAAGGUACCAGGAGAGCGGCUGCAAAUGCUUCGACAGGUCUCACAUUAGAAGAAGCAAUGCAAAUACUAAACGUAGAUAAAUUGGACAAGGAAAAAAUUGGUAAAAAUUACGAACACCUAUUUCAAGCCAAUGAGAAAGCAAAAGGUGGGUCUUUUUAUUUGCAAUCAAAAAUUGUAAGAGCUAAGGAAAGGAUAGACGCUGAAUUUAAACAGGCGAAACAAGAACAGAAGGAAGCACCGAGCCAACAGAAGGAUACAUCAUGAAACCUAGUUAGUUUAUUUGGAAUAGACCUGUUAUUUUAAUGUUGUAGAUAUUGUUUUAGUCAAACAGUCUUCAGUUUUGUAAAAUAUUUAUUGCGUAGAAAAUGGAUACCACAAUAGUGACUAGAAUACAUCAGUCUUCAUAACAUACAUUGUUAUUUACGCAUGAUAAAAAAAGACAAAAAAAUUGUAAAAAAUAAAAUUCCAUAAAACAAUGUCACAAUAUAAAACCUAAAUGCUGAUGCAUUGUCCUAUAAUAAUUAGAAAUCAAUAAAUAUUUGUUAUGCAAAACA